UAUUUAUUUUACGACAAUUGAUAACGAAACAUGAUGACGUGUGCUUCGCCGUAAGUGAAAGUAACUUAUUUGUAGUAGGAGCAAUACGCGUAGACCUUCAGUAUCGGCGAUACAUUCGAACACUUGCAGUAUAUCGCGGGUCGCGGUUUAGUUCACUCGAGUUCACGUUACGCUCUUCUCUGGUUACAAUGUGUGGAAUAUUUGCAUACAUCAAUCACUUAACGCCAAAAACCCGGCGUGAAAUAUUGGAACUAUUGGUUAAUGGAUUGAAACGAUUGGAAUACCGCGGGUACGACUCUGCGGGCGUCGCCAUCGAUGCGGCCGACCAGAAAGACAUAGCUGUUGUGAAACGCAGCGGGAAAGUGGCCGCGCUCGAAGAGUUGCUGCAGGAGCGCAGCGUGGAGCUGUCCAUUGAAGACUGUGUGGAUUCGCACUGCGGCAUCGCUCACACGCGCUGGGCUACCCACGGCGAGCCGAGCGCCGUCAACUCGCAUCCGCAACGCUCAGGAGAAGACAAUUCUUUUGUUGUCAUUCACAAUGGAAUUAUAACUAACUACAAAGAAGUCAAAACUUUCCUGGAAAAUAAGGGAUAUACUUUUGAAUCUCAGACUGACACUGAAGCCAUCGCAAAGUUGAUUCACCAUAUUUACAAUCAACAUAAGGAUUAUAAUUUCCAGGAGUUAGCUGAACAGGUAAUCCAACAACUAGAAGGUGCUUUUGCUUUGUGCUUUAAAUCCCGUCAUUUCCCUAAUGAGUGUGUGGCCACCCGCCGUGGGAGCCCCUUGCUGGUGGGCAUCAAAACGCGUCGACGACUGUCUAGCGAUCAUGUACCCAUUAUGUACACAAAUAACAAAGGAACUCGUGGAGUGGUACCUUCAGUACCCCGUGUUAAUAGCCAUGCACACUUCCAGCCAGAGGAGGAAAGAGAUGUUGAAUAUUUCUUUGCAUCUGAUGCCUCAGCUGUUAUUGAACACACAAACAGAGUGCUUUACUUUGAAGAUGAUGAUGUCGCCCAUAUUAAGGAUGGUGUUCUAAGUAUUCACCGUCUCUCAAGCAGUAGCAAUGAUCCUCAUGAACGUGAAAUAUUUACUUUGAAACUGGAACUGCAGCAGAUUAUGAAGGGGAACUAUGAUUACUUCAUGCAAAAGGAAAUUUUUGAACAACCAGAGUCCAUUGUAAACACCAUGCGUGGUCGCCUCAACUUUGCUAAUGGCACUGUGACUUUGGGUGGUAUUAAAGAUUAUAUCCCAGAAAUCAAAAGAUGCAGAAGAUUAAUGUUGAUUGGUUGUGGUACCAGCUACCACAGUGCCGUUGCUACUCGGCAGUUAUUAGAAGAAUUAACUGAACUUCCGGUUAUGGUGGAACUUGCUUCUGAUUUUUUGGAUAGAAAUACUCCAGUCUUUCGUGAUGAUGUUUGCUUUUUCAUCUCACAAUCUGGAGAAACUGCUGAUACCCUCAUGGCACUCCGCUACUGCAAGCGUCACGGUGCACUCAUUGUUGGUAUAACCAACACAGUAGGCAGCUCCAUUUGUCGAGAAUCACACUGCGGCGUUCACAUCAAUGCUGGCCCCGAAAUUGGUGUCGCAUCUACAAAGGCUUACACUUCACAAUUUGUAUCUCUUGUCAUGUUUGCUCUUGUUAUAAGUGAAGAUCGUAUUUCUCUUCAAAAACGACGGGCUGAUAUUAUUGCGGGCCUUCAUGAGUUAGAUAGCAAAAUUCGUCAGGUAUUAGCCCUAGACACUGAAGUCAAAGCUCUCGCGCAAGAUUUGUACCGUCAGCGAUCAUUGCUUAUUAUGGGUCGUGGCUAUAACUUUGCUACAUGCCUGGAAGGGGCACUCAAAGUGAAGGAACUGACAUAUAUGCACAGUGAAGGAAUAAUGGCUGGAGAAUUAAAACACGGACCUCUCGCUCUCAUUGACGAUUCUAUGCCGGUAAUGAUGAUAGUGAUGCGCGACCCGGUUUAUACGAAGUGUAUGAACGCCCUGCAGCAGGUAACUGCGCGCCAAGGCCGCCCCAUCGUCGUAUGCGAAGAAGGCGACACAGAAACAAUGAGUCUAGCGUCCCGAUGCCUCCAAGUGCCAAAAACCGUGGAUUGUUUACAAGGAGUGCUCACAGUCAUCCCCAUGCAACUGCUUGCCUACCACAUUGCCGUACUGCGAGACUGCAAUGUUGACUGUCCUCGCAAUCUUGCUAAAUCUGUUACAGUAGAAUAGUGAUUAUAAUGUUGUACCUGAGGUACAUUUAUGCGCGAUCUCUGAAACUGCACAAAAAAAGUGCAUUUUAUCUAAUUACUAGAUAGAUUUGAUAUAUUUUAAGGAAUUUGAUUGUAAAAUAUCCUUUCAAAACCUGUCCUGGGAUUUUUCGUAAACGUAUUUUGUGUUAUGUUACUUUAUUUAGAAAGCAAUUAUUUUCAUAAUUUAAUAGUACAGCUAAUUAAUUCGUCAAUCUCAAUUCCAUCAUAAAGCCAUACCGCUGAACGUGGCCUUUCAGUCUUUUCCAGACUGUUCACUCUGUCUACCCCGCAAGGGGUAUAGACGUGACUAUAUGUAUGUAAUUUUUUAUGAUCUUAUGUUAAUUACCAACGUGUCCAAGGCUUUUUGUUUUCUUUUUUCAGUAAGUAUGUACCUAUUUGACAAAAUUUCAUAUAGUAACGCGAUCGCAGCGUAUAAAUUAAUGCUAUAUUACGGUAUACCGUUAUUGCUUGUUAUUACGUACCCAUUCACAUUCCUACGAAACCAACUCUAUUGCUUACAUUCCACUUUUGUCUUCUUAUUUAGUUUUUAAUGUCGUCAUUUAAGAGAUUUUUUUUUCAAUUGCGUGUAGCUUUUAUUUACAUUAUUCGUUCUAUAAAAUGCAGAAAGUUUUAUCUGUCACACAGAAAUGUCUUCAUUGAACAUGUAGAUACGACUUUUAUGACAGUCGGUUGUUAGUAAAUUAUACAGGAACUUACGUAAUGAAUGCUAAUAUCCAGAUAGAAGGUAGGGUAUCCGUAACAAAACAACAAAUAGAAAUCAGUAGUUUUGUGUAUGUUAUGUACCGUUGUUUUUUUUUAGUUUAUUCAAUAUAUAUAUACAUACUGUUGAAUAUAGAAUUCAGCAGCAAUUCUACGCAAGAAGUUAAUUCGAGAUUCCUGGUGGGUUUUUUCUAAAUAGUAGACAGCAGUCCUACUACACCAAUGUUUAAAAGACUUAAACAUAGCCUACCAGUAUGUACUAUAUGUUAAAACAAGUCGAUCACAGAAGCUCACAUAUUAAUUGUGUAUGCAAAACGCGCAGGUAGAUUUUUUUUUUAUUUCAUUUAAUUUUAAUAAAACAAAACAAAUGGAUUAUGUGAUUUUGUUUUGUUUUAUUCAGAUAAUUAACUGAUAUUAUGUUAUAAGUAAUGAAUAGAAUAAAUAGAAGGACCCAAUAGAUUUAUAUAUGUUACAAAGUAAUAUUUUUCUUUCGUUUCAACAGCCAAACAGUUAUGUAAAUAUAUGCCAGAAAUGUUAUAUAAUCAUAUUUUAGGUGUGAAUUAAAAAGAUAACUAUGAGAUUGAUAAACGUCAUAUUUUUAUUAAAUUGUAAAUAUAGGUAACACAUAAAACAUUUAUAUCUUUUAGUGGUUAUCCAAACUAGAAAGGUAGACAUGGGCGGGGCAUCUCCAAUGGAUGGUUUUUUCUACUCUUAGCGUAUUCCAAAUCCGCAUCUUUUGGCUCCAAUGCUCAAGUUGCUCUAAAAGCAGAAUGUUAUAACGACCGCGAAAGAUUUUUUAAAAUUUUAUAAUCGGUUGCCUGCCUGACUAAAUUUUUUAUGCUCCAUCAAGAUGAAUUAUUAUUCUAGCUUAGAUCGCAAAAUACGUAUAUUUUAUCUAUUAUAAUACACAUUCGAAUACAUAAUAUAUUUACUGUUUUAAAUUAUUUUAUCAGCUAAAUUGUAUAUUUUAUGUUGGAAGUAUAAAUAAUAUAACAAUCAUAUUUGUAGAAGUCUUAAAAUACGCACAAUGCACAUUGCUUUAAGUUUAUGGGUCAAACAAUUUUAAUAAACGCAAAAAAACUUAAUAGGUAUAAACAUAUAAAUCAGAAUAGUUAUUUCGGUUUUUAUGGAUAGAAUGAUAAAUGCCUAUUUUGGAGAAAGAUUACUAAUAGUAAUCGUAGGUACCUAACCUACCUAUGAUUAGUUAAUGAUUACAUUAUUUGACGAAUUGUUAUCAACUAUAUCGUAGUCUAGCCGACGACGUAGGUAAAUUGAUUUUUAAUAAAUAGAUGUUUUUUUUUUGCUUAUUAUUUUGAUAUGUUUCUAAAUUUUUUUUAAUUAUAAAAUUGUUUCCAUUGUGCAAUAUUGACAUUGUUCUAAAAAACCCAAGGUUUUACUAGUCAAAAUAAAAUAAAAAUAUCUUGGGGACCUCCUUUUGGUAACAAAGGUACCAAAUAAAAAUGUGUCUUGAAAGUUUCUCUUAGUAGGUUAGGUAUCUACCUAUCGUUUCAUGGUGUUGUUGAUUGAAACAAUCAGAUUUCAGAUUGUACCUUAUACCUAUUUCUGCUUUCGAAUUUUAAAUAAGUUAAGGUUUCUUUUAAUUUUUUUUACUCCUAAAAAAGUUAUCUUGUCUUGAAAAAAACCAUAUGCAUUAUUUCGGAUAACGUAGCUAUCUUACUAUACGUAGUUAAGUAUUUCGAAUUGCGUUUAAAAUUGAUAAAAUGAAAACAAUAAUUAACUUUGUAUUUAGAUGUAAAUUUUAUAUUAUAUUUGCAGUUGAAUAUUGUAUUUUGAAAUAAAUGUUUUAUUGUAAAGAA